UUUCGAUACUCCAGUUGGUCAGAUAAAUUACUAAUGAUACUAGGCACUCUUCUGGCAAUAGCCCAUGGAAGCAGUCUCCCUGUUGCGAUGAUAAUUUUUGGUGAUAUGACUGAUAGUUUUGUUGCUUCUGGAGACUCAGAUUUUCCAGGAAACACUUCUGCAAUAAAUUCCUCUUCAGAUAUUCUUGCCAAGCUGGAAGAAAAUAUGACAAGAUAUGCAUACUACUAUUCUGCAAUAGCAGUUGGUGUUCUUCUUGCUGCUUAUAUCCAAACUUCAUUUUGGACCCUAGCAGCAGGCCGGCAAAUAAAAAAAAUUAGACAAAAAUUUUUUCAUGCAAUUAUAAGACAGGAAAUUGGAUGGUUUGAUGUAAAUGAUGUGGGAGAACUUAACACUCGCCUUCUAGAUGAUGUCUCCAAGAUUAAUGAAGGGAUAGGUGACAAAAUUGGAUUACUUGUUCAAGCAGUAACGACAUUUGUAACAGGAUUUGUUGUUGGUUUCAUAAGAGGAUGGAAAUUAACCCUUGUAAUAUUAGCAGUCAGUCCUGUCCUGGGACUUUCAGCGGGCCUCUGGGCAAAGGUUCUCUCUGCAUUCACUGACAAAGAGCAAGCUGCAUAUGCAAAAGCAGGUGCUGUUGCAGAGGAAGUUCUGGCAGCAGUCCGUACUGUAAUAGCUUUUGGAGGGCAGGAAAAAGAAAUUAAAAGAUACCAUAAAAAUUUAGAAGAUGCUAAACGGAUUGGAAUAAAAAAGGCUAUUACAGCUAAUAUUUCUAUGGGCGUUGCUUUCUUACUGGUAUAUGCAUCAUAUGCACUGGCCUUCUGGUAUGGAACUACUUUGGUCUUAAGUGAUGAUUACACUAUUGGCAAUGUUCUUACAGUCUUUUUCUCUGUAUUAGUUGGAGCUUUCAGUAUUGGACACACUGCUCCAAGCAUAGAGGCAUUUGCUAGUGCAAGGGGAGCUGCCUAUGCAGUCUUUAAUAUCAUAGACAAUGAACCUCAAAUUGACAGUUAUUCAGAGACAGGUUACAAACCAGACCACAUUCAAGGGAACUUGGAAUUCCAAAAUGUUUACUUCAAUUAUCCAUCAAGACCAGAUGUUGAG